AUGCCUCGCUAUUGCCAUGGCUUCGAGGAUCCAUCAGGAGACGGAGCCCGACCAUGCAUUUUCUCGCAAGAUGGUAGAGGUGGACCUGCGCAAACCAGCAACAAGAGCUGCGUACUGUGCAGUCUGGAAAGCCUAGAACUCGCUCUUGGUUCUCGUGUGGCCAGAGGCAAUUUGAUCAGACAGCUGAAGCACUGGCGGCAAGUCGGGUCGCCGACAUAUGAAGCGGCAUUUGGGUUGGGAUCAUUGUGUGUGCUAUCUGCCAGCGAGCAAUGUGGCUUGCGGGCAAAGGCCGGAGAGCGUCCCAACUUCAAGCCAUCCAGCAGUUGGUUGCAUAAGAAGCAACGGCGCCUGAGGCAGUUCUUGCUCGGCCGAGCAAUCCCGCGGACGAGCCUGAGCACCCGCAGCCGAAAAUAUGUGCAGUCUGCAUCAAGCCAGCGCAGUGGUGGCCAAAGCUGGAUUCUUCACUAUUACUAUGUGCACAAUCGCAAGAUGGCACAUCGUCUUGCCACUGCGUUAAAGAAAGUCGCAGGUGGUACAGUUUGGAAGGGGAAGAAGGCGUCGCUGAGAGGAUACCGCCAAAGAUGGUGGCGAGCUCGGAGGGAACUGAGACGAAGAUAUUCUGAGCUGAUGGCUAUGGCUGAAGGGCCUCUUUUGAGCUGCAGAGCCGCGAAGUGGGCAAUCGAAGAGGAUAUACUGCAAGCUGGCUUUCGAGUGCCUCUAUCUGACAGGAUGUCAUGCCAGAAUCAUCCGCAAUGGAGAUUCUUGGCUGAAACCGGUCACAUCCUUUACUUCCAGAGUCCGCAUGAAAGUCUGGAUUUCGCACAGAAACAGUUGGCGAGUGCGACGUGCUCCAUCAACAACGCACUGGGCAGACCCACGUGCGACAUUACUUUGCAGACGGCCCAACGCCUAUUGAAGGCACGCGGUUCUGAACAUGAUUGGCGCAUGUGUGUGAAGCGGGAUGGCAAGAUACUGUCUCCUUUCGCCGUUGGCUGUGCCCUGGAACAGAUUGGUUUCAAAUUGCAGUAUUGUUCUGACCCAAGCAUUUGGCCAGCUGGAGCACAGAGCCUGCUGCAAAUCCGUGGCGACCAGAAUUCUGGUAAUGAGCAUUGGGCUGCUCUGACAUCCUGUGAUGGCCGAAUAUAUGUGUUAGAUUGCUUCCAAGGCAAGCCUGAGCUGGUCAUGAAUUGGCACCCAGACUUGCAACCUUGCGAAACCUACGCGGUGCUCCGGCUUGGAGCCUGA